AUGUCAUUGACAACAUGACAUAUAAAACGGAAUUGUGUUUAUAUUUUAGUUAAAAUAAUAAAUAGGACAUUAUAUGAAUAAAAUGGAUAAUAUGACUUUAAAGGAGAUUCAAAAUAAAUUGCUUUUAUGGGAUUCUUCUGAUACUCCUUUAGCCCCGCUUACUUCAAGCCAGAGAGAAGCAAUUUUGGAUUUGGAGAGUCUAAUACUGUCGCCUGAUGAAGAUGAUGGGACACAAGAUCCAUCACAAGUAGAUAGCAAUGUUCCCCAAAUAGAAACAACUUUUGAUUUUCUUAAUUGGUAUGACAAACUGAAUGAAGAGAGCUUAAAUGCAAAUGAUGAACCAUAUUUGGCUUACCAGAAACAGUUGGAAGAUCGGAGAAAUGAAUGCAUAGCACUUACAGAUCAGAUAAAUGCAACCAUGCUGGAUCUAGAUAAAUUAACUAAUGAGUAUAAUCUGGUCUCUAACAAGACAAAUGCUCUACAUACAAUGAGUGAACAACUGCUGUCAGAUCAGAACAAGCUCACCGAAAUUGGGGAGGAUAUCAAACAAAAGUUGCAUUACUUCACCCAAGUUGAACAUUUGGCCCAACGUCUCAAUAGUAGCACAAUGUCUGUGAACAGCGAAACUUUCUUCAAUGUUCUCUCAAAAAUUGAUGAAUGCUUGGAUUAUAUGAGAGCAAAUAGUUCAUUUAAAGAAGCCCAGGUGUACUCGUUCAAAUAUCGUCACCUUCAAAACAGAGCCAUAUCUCUGAUACAAAACUAUGUAAACAACGUUCUAAAUUAUGCCACGGAACAGAUAUUGACACCUGACGAAACUAAUGAUAGCGAAAAUGUGGACACAGCAUACGCUGUGUAUUUCGGGAAGUUCCUAGCCAUUGCACCCAAGUUAAAGAUGGUGAUCAGUGAAGUUGAGAAAAGGGCGGAACAUAGUGAGGAUUAUUCUGGUCUGUUGUCGUCCCUUCAGCGUGAGUAUUCGUCUCGUCGCUGGUCCGUGGCUGGGGGCGCGGUGGAUUCCUCUCUGUCGGCCGCCACUCGCCGUCACGAGCGCGACCACUGCGCUCUACUGCGCUCCGCCUGCUCCCUACUGGCUCUCGCACUCAAGGACGAAUGUUCCUUGUACACCAACUUCUUCACACAUUCCUCGCCCGCGUUACAAGAGUAUUUGCAGUCUCUCUGCAACGGCCUGUACGAAACGUUGCGUCCUCAGAUCAUCCACAUCAACCACCUGGAGACGCUCGCGGAGCUCUGCGUCAUCCUGAGGGUGGAGGUCAUCGAGGAACAGGUUAAUGAUGAUCCGGCUCUAUCUCCUCUGGGUGCUGCGGCUCGCUCUCUCCUCCAGGACGCCCAGGAGCGGCUCGUGUACCGCGCUCAUGUUCACCUCCGAGACGACGUGUUACGAUACCGACCAGCGCCCGGAGACCUCGCCUACCCUGACAAACUACUCAUGAUGGAGCAAAUAGCGCUGUCCCUUCAGGAGCAAAGUUUGAAAAGGAGUGAUUCGCGGAACUCGAUGGUGUCCGAUACAUCCUCAACGUCUCAGGAGGUCGCCAACAUUAAUAUCGAGGCCCAACGAAGACCCCAAGCAUCGCCGGCUGAUCUUCACGGCAUGUGGUACCCCGGGGUCAGGAGAACCCUGGCCGCACUGUCAAGACUGUACCGCUGUCUAGAAAAACGAGUCUUCCAAGGCCUAGCACAGGAAGCCAUAUCUUUAUGCGUCCAGAGCGUGGACAGCGCUGCCAAACAAAUAUCUGCCACGAAGACGAGCGUCGACGGCGAACUGUUCCAGAUAAAGCAUCUCCUCAUACUCAGGGAACAGAUCGCACCGUUCCAAGUCGAUUUCGUCGUCAAGGAGACGACAUUAGACUUCAGCAACAUGAAGAAUGCCGCUUACGGUCUGAUCCAGAAGCCGAGGCAGAUAUUUUCAUUGAACAGCAAUAACGCUUUACUGGAGUUCCUUUUGGAAGGAACGCCGAUGGUGAAGGAGCACUUACUGGACUCUAGGAAGGAGGUCGACCGACAGCUGAAGGCGUGCUGCGAAACGUUCAUCAAGUGCGCCACGGAAAUCAUGGCUGGACCGCUGACUGAGUUGAUUGAAAAGGCACAAGCAUUCACUCCAGCCGAUCAACUGAAAAUUCAGCCGUGGGCUGCUCCAGAUCAACUGGGACACGUCAUCAAGGAAACUCAAAAGCGCAUUAAGACACAUCUCGCGCCUCUACAAAGAUCAAUGCAGCUCUAUCUGUCCAACAAGGAAACAGAGUUCAUUCUUUUCAGACCUAUACGAAACAAUGUCGUUGGAUAUUUCGUCCAAAUGGAACAGCUAUUGACGAACUUGGGUUACUCAUACGAAGACACCUUGAUAGUGGCUUGUCCUACUCCAGAACAGGUCUCGGUGUUCAUUUCUUCAGCAAGUCUUAUUAGCCAUAGCGAAGCUGUUUUGCCUUAUGGGAAGAAGAAGCAGGCGACCGUCAGAAAACCUAGUGUCACUAGUAUACCAGAAACGGAGAGCAAAAAUACUGAGGAAAAGGCGAUACAGGAUGUUUAAUUUAUUAACUGUAAAUGUAGUUACACAAAACAUUGACAUAAGUAACCAUUCUAUAUAA